GGACCCGCUGCCCCACUUCCAGGCGCCAUGUUCUCGGGGCUGCAGGAGCUCGGGAUUGCGAGUGGCGACGAUCUGAAGGAAACUCUGACCAACUGCACAGAGCCGUUGCGGGCGAUCGACCAGUUCCAGGUUGAAAAUGGAAUCUUAUUGCCAUCUCUGCAGUCAGCUUUGCCUUUCUUGGACCUGCAUAGCAUUCCCAGGCUGGAAUUCCAUCAGUCUGUAUUUGAUGAGCUGCGAGAAAAGCUGCUGGAUAAAAUUGCCACCAUCGCAUCCGAAGGAAAAGAUAGCGACAGGUACAACAAGCUGGAAGAUCUGCUGGGGAAAUGCUUUCCAUUGGUUAAAGUGCCUUCGAUACAACCUGUUGUAAUGUGUGUGAUGAAACAUUUGCCUAAGGUGCCAGAAGAAAAGCUGAAACUGGUGAUGGCAGAUAAGGAACUCUACAAAAUCUGUGCCACAGAGGUUAAACGUCAGAUCUGGCAAGACAACCAGGCGUUGUUUGGAGAUGAAGUCUCCCCUUUGUUGAAACAGUACAUUAUUGAGAAAGAAAAUGCUCUCUUCAGCAGUGAACUGUCAGUCUUGCAUAACUUUUUCUCGGCAUCCCCCAAAACAAGACGUCAGGGAGAGGUAGUUCAGAAAUUAACCAACAUGAUUGGGAAAAAUGUGAAGUUGUAUGACAUGGUUCUCCAGUUCCUACGUACUCUGUUUCUACGGACAAGGAAUGUACAUUAUUGUACUCUGCGGGCAGAACUCUUGAUGUCUUUGCACGACCUCGAUAUCAGUGAAAUAUGUUCUGUGGAUCCUUGCCACAAGUUUACCUGGUGCCUGGAUGCUUGUAUUAGAGAGAGAUUUGUUGAUGCAAAGAGAGCUCGAGAAUUGCAAGGAUUUUUAGAUGGAGUUAAGAAAGGACAAGAACAGGUAUUAGGUGACCUCUCAAUGAUCCUUUGUGACCCAUUUGCAAUAAAUACCUUAGCUCUGAGUACGGUGAAAAACCUACAGGAGUUGGUCAGCCAGGAUGCGUUACCCAGAGACAGUCCAGACCUCCUCCUUUUGCUGCGAAUGCUCUCACUGGGACAAGGUGCCUGGGACAUGAUUGACAGUCAGGUGUUCAAGGAACCAAAAAUGGAGAUAGAACUCAUCACCAAAUUUCUACCAAAUCUAAUGGCAUUUGUAGUAGAUGAUCACACUUUCAACGUGGAUCAAAAACUGCCGACUGAGGAGAAAGUUUCAAACUUGUACCCAGCAAGUCUUCCAGAAUCCUUUAUUAAGUUCAUUCUAGAAAAUCGUGUAGCUUGUGAAAUCGCAUUGUACUAUGUUCUGCACAUCACAAAACAGAGGAAUAAGAAUGCUAUUCUCCGGUUACUGCCUUCAUUGGUGGAAACCUACAAUGGCAUGGCAUUUAGCGACAUUUUCUUACACCUAUUCACCAGCCAUUUAACUCUGUUGACAGAGGAAUUUACUGAAGAGGACUUCUGCACUGCUCUUUUUGAUGGCUUCAUCCUUGCAACUUUCUCCAGUAAAGAAAAUGUGCACAGGCAUGUCCUCCGUUUGCUGCUGCAUCUUCACCACAAAAUAGCACCUUCAAAAAUGAUCUCACUACAGAAGGCAUUGGAACCCACCAAACAGAGCACCGAAGCAGUGAAGGAAUUGUAUACUCAACUUACAGAAAAGAUGGAAAGUGUGAAGCAGAGUCCUGUGGAAACAAUGGAGACUCCAGCACUGGAACUGCCUCUGCGGACUGUGUCUACACCAGCUGCUGUCAUCUGAUGGAUUCAGAUUCCUAUUGGAAUUAAAGUGUGAUUGUGCAUUGCAGAAUAACUGUAUCUGCUUGCUGUUGGAAGAGGAAUCAUGAAACACUGAACUACACACUCUUCAUUGAGCUCAAGUCUUUGUAGAUUCGUAAAAUAGUACAUUAAUUAUUAACAUUUGUUACUUCUAUUUGCCAUAAAAUAAACUUUUACAUUGAACUGCAGAGUUACUUGUCAGAUGCAGCUGUGCAUUUCAUAAUCUUGAGCAACAUAAAAGUAGUACAGUAAAGCAGGCUCUGAAUGACACUUCCAAGAACAGUAGCUACAGGACUGAAGGUCAUUAUCAUUGCAAUUUUCCUCAUUUUUUUUCGAUGUUUUAUUGUUUAUACUAACACUCUCUUUCAUUUUUUAUUUCAUGCAUCCCACUAGAUGUUAGCAGCCUAGAGAAGUAGUUGAUUACUAAGCAAGCGAUAGGAAAUAUUUUUGUGACCCAAACUGCAGAGUUUGAAUUUUUUUAACUGACCAUUGUAAUUUUGUUCUUAAAUUUCACGUGAGAGGUUUCACUUUUUGGAUCAGAGUGGUAAACUGAGAAAUUGUGUACUGUACUGCAUUAGGUGAACUUGAUUUAAUAGCUAAUGUUUAGCAAAUAAUUGUAAAUUUGUGUUUCAACAUGAUUAAUUGGAAAUGUCCAAAUAACUCGAUUCCUAUUUAACAGAGCAACAAAAAAGAUACAUACUAGGAACUUUUUAAAAUCACUUUUUAUUGAGAAAAAUAAA